AUGUCGUCCAACGUUCCGAAAUGUUCGUGCGAUCCGGGCUAUGGCGGUGAUCGAUGCGACACACCGUUCAAAUGGGUGGAAUUCGGCCCAGGAGCAUUUGUGGAAUAUGACGUGAAAGUGGGUCUGGAAGAUAAGACAACCGAUGUGGAUGUCCUCUUUCUACCGGGUAAAAGCAGUGGUGGUACUGGGGAACUUGGCUUUGCUAGUGCUGGUGAAAAGUAUAUAAGCACAUCGAUCGAGAAUCAUUCACCAAAUGCGAAAUUUGAUCUCAGUAAUUUUGGUCCCGUCGGCGCAUCUAGUUCU